AUGGCUAGCCUCCAGCACCCAUUCCAGCGCUUGCAAUAUGCCAGUCGGCAGGCGCAAGGCUCUUCAGAUGUUUUAAUUGGUACCGCUGGCCGUUAUAUCUAUUCAUACAAUGCCACCGAUGGUCAGCGCAUGGACGUCUGGCCACAAGAUGUAGAGUCGACCACAGAGCCUGCAUCCGGUGCUAGCGCGACUACAGAAGACCAGACACCUCCAGAGAAAAAGAGAAAAAUUUCGACAGAACCUGAGCCCCAAGAGAGAAAGCCAUCUUCCGCUAAAAGGGCCCCGGCAUGGACCACUGUGCCCCUCGUCACCGUUUCCUCUGAUGGAAAAUAUAUAAUUGCGGUCACUGGUGAAGACAAAGCGGUCCGCGUCUUUGAGUUAAGCGAUGAUGGUAAAUUGAAGGAGUUGAGCUCUCGCCAAACUAUCCUUACUGCGGAUAAGUUCGGUGAUGCUUUCUCCAUGCCGUUGAUUCCUGGAGAUUAUGUGAAAAAGGCUGUAGAGACAAAACCAGCUGGCCCAUCAGCUACCCCGCUCACCGUUCAUACGAAGGGUAAUUUGCGAACCUUAGAGAUGCAAAAGCAGAUGGCCGAGAUCAAUGCGGCGAAGGCUGCUGCCGGACAAGGAAACGAUGCUCGCAACUUUGAGCACCAUAACAUUCUCGGCCACGUUUCUGUGCUGACUGAUGUGAUCAAUGUGUCACUUGCUGGGAAGGAGUAUAUCCUGACUGCUGAUCGCGAUGAGCAUAUCCGCGUGUCUCGUGGUAUUCCCCAGGUCCAUGUGAUUGAACAGUUCUGCAUGGGCCACACUUCUCUCGUCAGCAAGCUCUGUGUUCCUGAGAACUUGCCUCAUCUUCUCAUUUCCGGCGACCUUGAUGGGAACCUAUUCGUGUGGAACUGGAAGCAGGGCCAGAUUCUCCAGCACAUUUCACUGCACGAAGCCUUGCAAUCAGAAGUCAUGCCUCGUGGAAUUUGGAACAUUUCUAUUGGCCAGGUCAAUGUGAUUUUGAUCAGCUUGGAAGGGUAUGUAUCACUGUCCGGUAUGAGUAUAAUUUUAUCUAACAAGCAUCAUAGAUCUUCACAGCUGCUUUGCUACACAAUUGAAGAGAAUACUCUGCGCGCUCAAACUACUGUUCAACUUUCUGGCAAUGUGCUUGACAUUAUUGCUAUCAAGUCAAACUCUUUUAUCGCAUCUGUCGAUACUGUCCGUCAAGCUAACUCAACCGAUUCUUGGAAUUCCAACUCCGGGGCUCUUCUCGAAUAUUUCCAAAUUAAUAUCGGUCCGGAUGGUAUCCAUUGUACCCCGGCUGAACACCCGAUGGUAGCUAACAUCAACUUGGAGGGCACCAGUGGGAUUCCUGCAGGACUGAAUGAGAAGCAACAGCAGGAUAUGAACAAUUUGUUGUACAAUUUCGAGAAUUUGAAGAAAAAGUCGUAUGACGAAUAA